CAGUCCUCGAUGAGGUGAAUCGCUUUCUUCGCUUUCCAGGCGCAGUUCUUUCACUCAGAUUGUUUUGUGGCGUACGGUUGUGCGGUCGUGAUUAAUUUUGCGGGUCUGAAUAAUAGAUCAUUUCUGUGAAAGCUGUGUAUCGUGAAUUAAUUAAUCAGUGGAAUCUUCUGCAAUUGUGCGUUUCAUUAGUGCAUACAGUGGAAAUGGCUGUUUAUUUACUGCCCAAAACACGAUUAUUGUCAAAGGCAGCGGUCAAUUUCAAACCAAUCCCUAACAAAUGGUCGGCGAAAUGGACGGUAGUGAGGCGAUCAAUCUCCAGCGGCAAGCAUCAGGACCAGAAUUCCAACCACCAUCAGCAGCAGCAACAACAGCAACAGCAGGGUCGCCAAUCGAAAGGUAAAUUUAAUAAAAUUCAGAGAAAAUGGAGUUGGAAGGCUGGGGCGGGUUGGACUAUAUUAUCCGUUUUGGAUUGGUGGUUACUAGCUGCCGGCGGUUGGUUAACAUGGCGGGGCGUCUUUCUUCGAUGGACCCCGAUAGGCAUCUGCAUGAUCGCCGCAGCACAAUGGCACCUUCACAAUCGUGAACUCGAUCGGAAGGGUCUUCCCCGAACGGCGGCCUCGUGGCAGAUGAACAUUUAUUGUUCGCUGCCAUUGAGGAUGAUGAGCAGAGCUUGGGGUUGGUUAGCAGACUGCCGCGUCCCAACGCCCGCCAGACCCCUCCUCUAUGGUCUGUACUCGACCGCUUUCGGCGUGAACAUUGAGGAAGCUGCAUCGUCCGAUUUCAAAAAUUACCGUAGCUUAGCGGAAUUCUUCACACGAUCUCUCAAGGAGGAUGUACGCUAUGUAGACCCAAAAAGUUGCAUCGUGUCACCAUGUGAUGGGCGAGUUCUCCAUUUUGGUACCGCCACCAAUUGCCAAAUCGAGCAGGUCAAAGGCGUCUCGUACAGUCUGGAGGAGUUCCUCGGACCACCCACCUGGAGCGAUAAGAACGAAUGCCCGACAAUCGUCGAGAAGAUCAAAAAGAAAUCACCCGACAAUGCGCUGUAUCAGUGCAUCAUCUACUUGGCACCGGGCGACUAUCAUCGAUUCCACUCACCGACCGUGUGGAAGCCGGAAAUCAGGCGACACUUCUCAGGAGAGCUGCUAUCAGUGAGUCCAAAAGUCGCCAAAUGGAUGCCGGGGCUGUUCUGUCUGAACGAACGCGCGCUCUACAUCGGCAAGUGGAAGCACGGAUUCUUCAGCUUCACUGCAGUGGGUGCAACCAACGUUGGAUCGGUUCAGAUCUACAUGGACGAAAAACUGAAGACAAACCAAUGGGUCGGUCUAGAAGUUGGAACCCACCGCUGCAAGGAAUACGAUGAAUUGGUACUUCCAAGUGAUGCAUUCCUAGGCAAGGGCGAACUGCUGGGUCAGUUCAACAUGGGCAGCACUAUUGUGCUCAUCUUCGAGGCCCCACGUGAUUUCAAAUUUAACCUCCAACCGGGUCAGGUGGUACGAAUGGGUCAACGCUUGGGAUGCGUUGGCGACAAAGAAGACACGAUUGAAGAUCUGAACAAGACGAAAAGAAUAAUCGAAUCUAUGUGAUUGGAAGCUUUUUCCUUUGGUCAACCGUUUAGCUGAACAAUAGCCUCUAUUCAGUGGUUUCUGGCUUGAAAUAGUUCAAGCAUCGAUACUCCGUACCUAGAAAAUGUAUUUAAGCGCAACUGCGUGAGAAACCAUUUACUACACUCAGCGUACUACAUCAAGGACUGUUCUCAGUUUCUUUAGCUGUGUAAUGGCCGCAAGCGCGGUCAUUUGUUAAUUUAUCAGUGAGCUUCACUCUCACAUCCACAAAGCAACCGAAACCAUUGCAUGCGUAGUACAUAUUGUACGUGUAUUCUUUUUUGAAAUAAUUACCGUAGGAUAACAGCGGAGAUAAUACAUGAUUUUUUUUUGUGGACGUUUGAGUGCGUUUUUCGGCUAAUUGUUUGCAUAGAUUUCAGAUAUAUAGUUCCUUUACCUAUUAAAAUUGUUCAGUAGUUAGUGAGCGAACAAUCAAUAUUGUUUAAGUAGGAAUUUAGCUAUCUAAACAAUUUUUAAACGCAUAAGAGUUUUGUAAAUAAAGAAAAGUAAUUGACAGCAAAGAAA